GAUCAGUGUGGCCCCAGAAGUGCCACCUGUCAGUGUCCAUCAGUGCCAGCAGUCAGUGCUCAUCAGUGCCACGUGCCAGUGCCCAUCAGUGCCACAUCACAGUGCACAUCAAUGCCACAUAUCAGUGCCCAUCUGAGCUGCCUUUCAAUGUCACCCAUCAGUGCCAGUCAGUGCCACCUAUCAAUGCCAAUCAGUGCCACCUGUCAGUGCUGCCAAUCAGUGCCAGUCAGUGUUGCCUAUCAGUGCGAAUCAGUGCCGCCUAUCAGUGCCAGUCAGUGCCGCCUAUCAGUGCCAGUCAGUGCUGCC